AUGUCCACGCCGCCGCACGACAUCAGCAUCAACAACCUGUGGAGGCGCCCGGUCAUCCCCGACCGACGGUUCACUCAGCUCACAGAGGAGGACGAAAGCAAAGCAGCGAUCCGCUCUGCAGUGAGCAGCGCCCCCAACAGGCCACCGCCUGUAGUGAAGACCAAAGCCUCCUCUUCAAUUAUGAACUCCAUCAUCACAAAACACACUCAUGACAGUAUGUCUAAGUUCGAGCAGAGAGCAGGACUCAGUGACACUGGAUACACUCCACACAAAGGUCUGACCGCGGACGAGACCCGGCAUCACCACCGCCUGCCAGAGUCCCUGCAGAAGCUCCAGAUUCAGACUCUGGAGAACAGAGACGAGAAACAGCCUUCAUCUGCUCAGUCCACUCCAUCCACCACUCCACACAGCUCCCCACGGCACCAGCGACGGGGCUGGUUCCAGAGUGUGGGGUCUGAGGCCAGUCUGACCUCCAGUUCCAGUUCCAGUGUGGACCUGAGUUCUGGGGACUCUGCGGUGGAGCGAUGGGGCGUGUUUGGGCCGCGACCCGUGGUCCACAAGUCCACGUCUGAUGUGGGCGCGGCCGCUGAGGCCACUGCAGACUUUGUUAGAUUCAACAUAGUUUUGGAACAGUUUGGGGAGAAGGAGGUAUCACAGGAGGAGGUGGGGGAGGAGAAGGAGGUAUCACAGGAGGAGGUGGGGGAGGAGAAGGAGGUAUCACAGGAGGAGGUGGGGGAGGAGAAGGAGGUAUCACAGGAGGAGGUGGGGGAGGAGAAGGAGGUAUCACAGGAGGAGGUGGGGGAGGAGAAGGAGGUAUCACAGGAGGAGGUGGGGGAGGAGAAGGAGGUAUCACAGGAGGAGGUGGGGGGGGGAGGAAGGAGGUAUCACAGGAGGAGGUGGGGGAGGAGAAGGAGGUAUCACAGGAGGAGGGGGGGAGAAGGAGGUAUCACAGAGGAUGGGAGAAGGAGGUAUCACAGGAGGAGGUGGGGGAGAAGGAGGUAUCACAGGAGGAGGUGGGGGGAGAAGGAGGUAUCACAGGAGGAGGUGGGGGAGGAGAAGGAGGUAUCACAGGAGGAGGUGGGGGAGGAGAAGGAGGAGGAGGUGGGGGAGGAGAAGGAGGUAUCACAGGAGGAGGUGGGGGAGAAGGAGGUAUCACAGGAGGAGGUGGGGGAGGAGAAGGAGGUAUCACAGGAGGAGGUGGGGGAGGAGAAGGAGGUAUCACAGGAGGAGGUGGGGGAGAAGGAGGUAUCACAGGAGGAGGUGGGGGAGAAGGAGGUAUCACAGGAGGAGGUGGGGGAGAAGGAGGUAUCACAGGAGGAGGUGGGGGAGAAGGAGGUAUCACAGGAGGAGGUGGGGGAGGAGAAGGAGGUAUCACAGGAGGAGGUGGGGGAGAAGGAGGUAUCACAGGAGGAGGUGGGGGAGGAGAAGGAGGUAUCACAGGAGGAGGUGGGGGAGGAUGAUGAGUCCCUGAGCUUUAACCCCUCGCUCUCUUUUUUCCCAGCAGGCUUUGCUCUGCAGUCGUACCGCGGGGCGCAGAAGCCGAGCCCGAUGGAGGUGAUGAAGUCCCAGGCCACACGCCUCGCCGACCCCACCCCCCAGCAGCUCAACCCCCCCAAGCUGGAGAUCCCCACCGUGGACCCCCGCAAGCAGGGUUCCAGGCCCCACAAGCUCAAGCACCGCGACAUGAACAUCCUCACGCCGUCUGGGUUCUGA